AUGCUCCUGUGUCGUGUGUUCUACUUGACAGCGCUGGGACCUUUUGCACUGGCUCAAUUCCCUCCAAAACCCAAGGACGUUACUGUGGUUAAUUCCAGUCUAAUUGAGGAUGCUGGCAUUAGCUAUAAGGAGGUACACACCGUCCGUAGAGUAGCAAGAUGAUUUCGAGCUGACUUUACUUUUUAGAACUCCUUAUGCGAAACGACGCCCGGUGUCCGUUCCUGGGCCGGCUACGUCCAUCUUCCACCUGGAAUCCUCUCUAACCUCGGGGUCAAGAACCAGACUUGGCCCAUUAACACUUUCUUCUGGUUCUUCCAAGCCCGCGAUAAGCGUCCUCGCGAUGCUCCUACCAUGAUCUGGCUCAAUGGCGGGCCCGGUUCAUCCUCGUCAGGCAACCCUCUAGGAAUCGGCAGUGGGACCUGUACAGUCAAUCCUGAUGCGAACUCCACCGCAUUGAAUGAAUGGUCCUGGAAUAGGGAAGUCAACAUGCUUUAUGUUGAUCAACCGGUCGAAGUUGGCUUGUCAUAUGACAGCUUUCAGAAUAUUUCGUAUAAUUUGAUCAAUGGCAAUGUGACCAUCCUCAACGAGACGACGGGGAUCCCGGGGCAGAAUACUACAUUGCAAGUUGGAACAUGGUGGGUGAUUUGACGCUGCUCAGCAUCGCCUUAGAGCGACUACGCUAAUGCGAAAUCCUGCACAGGGCAAGCACAGAUACCUACAAGACAUCACCCGGCUCCGUCAACGGCGCUUAUGCAAUGUGGUACUUCGCUCAGGUAUUCUUCAACGAUUUCCCAGAGCACAGGCCCCGUGACACCCGGAUCGGUGUCUUUGGAGUUUCAUACGGCGGCAAAUAUGCCCCAGCCAUCGCCUCUUUCUUUGAGGAACAGAACGAAAAGAUCCAAACCGGCAAAUGGAAACUUCCAGGCAAAGAACUGAACGUGGACACCCUGAUCGUCGACAGCGGCUGCGUUGAUCUUCCAGCUUCCUGGUUCUCGUAUCCCGUCAUGGCAGUCAAUAAUACCUACGGAAUCAAAGCCGUGAACGAAUCAACUGUGCACAAGAUGUUGCACGAUCUAAACCGUCCCGGAGGAUGUCUGGAUCAGGCUUACCACUGCGGCAAUCUGUCGUUGAAAUAUGAUCCAUUGAAUGUGGGCAUCAACGAGACGGUCAAUCAUGUCUGCUUCAAAGCUGGCAAGUUCUGCGAUGAUGAGGUCCAGGGGCCUUUCGACAGGUCUAAUCGGAGCUUUUACGAUAUUACUGUGCCUGUAAGCGCAUCACUCGAGAUCUCCAUGGUUAUUAUACUUACUUUACCGUGUGCAGGACUCGCUCUCUCGCGUGCCUCCUUUUCAAUUUGCUUAUAUGCAGCGACCUUGGGUACAAGAAGCGCUUGGUAUGCGCAUCAACUGGUCGAACUACUCCCCGUGGGCCUCGGAAGCAGUUCGCAGAGAAGGUGAUUUCGCUAGGCCCGGCUGGCCAGACAAGAUGGCAUAUCUGCUUGAGCGAGGCAAGAAGGUUGCGUUUAUGUAUGGGGACAAGGAUUACAUCUGCGUAAGCCUUCACAGGUUCUUGGUAUACAGUGUUGCGCUGACUUUGACUCCAGAACUGGUUUGGUGGAGAAGCAGUCUCCCUCGCCAUCAAAUAUACAGAUACUGCGAAGUUUCACGCAGCCGGUUAUACCGGUAUCCACACGAACGAGUCUUACAUCGGCGGGCAAGUUCGACAGUACGGCAAUUUGUCUUUCUCGCGGCUCUACCAGGCUGGACAUGGAGUAGCAGGCCAGCAGCCCGAGACUGCGUACAAGAUCAUCAACCGAGUCUUUUACGAUCGCGAUGUUGCAACCGGUACCAGAUCGACGGCUAAAGGGGAGUUUACUACUGAAGGCCCUUCCAGCUCUGCUGGUAUAAAGAACGAAGUCAUCCCAGUCGAAGUACUGCAGGUAUGCUAUCUGCUGGAUGUCAACGAGACUUGUUCGGACGACCAGCAGAAGAUGAUUCAGAAUGGGACGGUCGAGAUUAAGGAAUAUAUGGUGGUGGAUAAGAAUUCGACGCAGAGGUAUCCGCAGAUUGUUGGGAGUGGAAUGGGCAUGGGUUGA